AUGCAUACUCAAGAGGAACAAUUGACUUUACCUAUGGAAGCAAUUGAUUAUUACUAUGGUAAUGAGCUCACACAUGCUCUUAGAGAUUUCGUUCCUGGUUACAUUGAAGGUGGAACCGAUGCAUCAGUGUUUGUUGAUACAAAUCAAAUAAAUUCAUGGAAUGUAUUAGGAGAACAACAAACAAUGAAUUCUCCUGAAAGAAGUUUGAGAAGACAAGGAAAACAACCUAUGGUGGAGACUGGAAGAAAGAGCAAAUCUCCAUUGAGUUCUCUUGGAUUAGUUGGGAAAGAAAUUGGAGGUCAAAGUAAUCCAAUGGUUGUAUCGACGCAAAAAGAUAAACCAAAAGGGAUUUUUCUAAAAAAUAUUCAUAACUAUCAUGCUACAAAUAUUGAGCUCUUAUGUUGUCACUUUAAUACACAAGGGGAGUUUUUGGCUAUUGGUGGACAUGACAAUAGGGUUAUGAUUAUGGAUUUGGGAAAUAACAAUUUUAGUACUGGAGAAGGUCAUUUUCAGAAUAUUACAGAUAUUCGUUUUAGACCAAACUCAACGAUUUUUGCUACGUCUUCUCUUGACAAAACUGUAAAAAUAUGGGAUGCAGCUGAGCCAACAAAGACUUAUGGAAGCCUUGAAGGACAUUAUGGGCAUGUGAUGUCAGUUGAUUAUCAUCCAACAAUGGUGAAUAUUCUCACUUCUUGUGAUCACAACAAUGAGAUUAGACUGUGGAAUGUCAAUUGGGGUGGUUCCUUGCUCACUCUUAAGGGAGGGAGUAAACAAGUUAGAUUUCAACCUCAACUUGGGAACCUUUUGGCAAGUUCUACCCAAAAUAUCAUAAAUAUUUUUGAUAUUGAGACUCAAACCCUUCAGAAAACAUUACAAGGACAUGAUGGUAACAUUCUUUCAAUGUGUUGGGACACAACUGGAUAUUACAUGGCAUCUGUGAGCGAAGAUCGCGCACGAAUUUGGUCUGUUCGUGAAGGAAUUUGUGUAUUUGAAUUGCUUUCUGGUGUCAAUAAGUUUCAAUCCUGCGUUUAUCAUCCUGGCCAUAUUCUAGCGUUGGUGAUUGGUACUAAUAAGUUUUUGGAGUUGUGGAAUCCAAUGUGUAAUAAAAACAUAACUUCAUCAUUUUGUGCACAUGAAGGUGUAAUUUCUUCCUUAGCAGAUUCACGAGCUAAAGGUACUAUAGCUUCAGUGAGUCAUGAUGGAUGGAUGAAGAUAUGGUCGUAA